UUUUUUCAAAAUGUCCUCAAGUGUGGAAAGCAGCGUGCAGCCAGCCGGCGUAUUUUUCGGGUAUCGCCAGGCGAUUCAUCCGUGUCUUUUCUUUUUUUUUUAUUAUUUGUCGUUCAAUUCCAGGUCUCUGCUCCUGGUGUCCGGAUGCGGGACGUGGAUCAAAGCACUCAAGGCGAUGAACGGCAUCGGAGCGCGUGGACCCCGCUGUUGUGUUCCCUUUCCUGGUGAACAAGAGGAGCGCCAGUGGGACCUCCACUGGUGGCGUGAGCACAUCCACGAGCCAUGGGAGCGCCUACAGUUACUCCGAGUUCUGAUGGCUCACAUCAGCGAGGACAUGGCCAAGGAUGAUGUGAGCAGUGUGAAGUUUCUGCUGGCUCACAUGCUACUGCGUGAGAAAAUGGAAACUGCCAAGGAUUUCCUGGACUUGAUUGUCGAACUCGAGCACAUGGGCAAGGUUUUCCCUACAAGGGUGGACCUUUUGGAGGAAUGUUUAGUGGACGUCGGCAGGGUAGACCUGGCCAAAAAGCUCAAGGUGUCAGUCAACGCGCCAGCAGUACCCGAGGAAGUGGUGCACCACACCUGCCAGGAGAGUCCAGUGAGUCGGUACAAAUUCGCCAGUGACCCCAGAGGGGAGUGCGUAAUCAUAGACUGCGUGGAGAAUGACGGAGAGAUGAUGGCGCACGCAUUUAAGUCACUGCACUUCAAUGUGACCCUGCAUAAAUGGCUAAACCUGGUCGAGACUGUCUCAACGCUCAGAAAAGUCUUCCAAAGGAGUCCGGACCGCAGCGGCGACGGCUUCGUCUGCUGCAUCAUCAGCCGGGCGAUGGACAAUCGCCUCCAGGCCACGGACGUGAACUGCGAAGGCCUCCGUCUGGAAGAUGUCCGCCGCUUUUUCAACGGCGACGCCUGUCCGGCACUGGUCGGCAAGCCAAAACUGUUCUUCAUCUAGAGCUACACUGUGUCAGACUUCCAACCCUGCGCUGUAGAGAACCGCUGGGAUGACGGCUGGGAGACGGACGGUGGCGCCGGUCAGCUAAGACCCGAUUGUCUCCCGCCAGAUGCGGACAUGCUCUGGAAUCACUGCUCGACCGCAGAGCAUCAACUGCAGCGAGGCCGACACCGUUCCGUUUACCUCAAGGCUUUGACGGACGCCUUGGGCAGAAGCCAGGGAAGGAGCCGACAUCUGGUCGAUCUUCACAUGGAGGUGAACGGUGCAAUAUUGGAGCACAACAGCCGGCAUCGUGAGGAUCAAUACCACAUUGACCUGAAAAACACUGAGAAAAGACCUUUAUUUAUAGUUGUCUGACGACUUGACUGUUUUUUAAUAGCUGUCAGUAUUUGGACUUCAAUUCACGUACUAUACUACUGUAUUCAGAUAAGCUUUUUUACAUUGUAUCUUGUAUGUUUUAUAUCUACCACGUGU